AUGUCCUCUGAAUUGCAGAAGCGCAUCCUCUCCGUGCAUACCCUCCCAGAAAACUCGUCGAGUGAGACGGAAGCGGACUACCUGCUUACUCCCCCACUAUCCGAGCAUGACGACUCUCGGCCUAUAUCUCCCAUAGAAGAGAUCACCUCUGGUGCCGUGCAUGUUACGAAGUUCCGCAUCCCUGAGAUUCAGAAGCCCCGACCUUCCACCAAGGGCCUGAAGCAUCGUCAGCAGUCCAGUGAUGGGGACAAGCGCUCGCUGCAGCAGCUGCAGGAUCUGCCCGCCCUCGAUAUCUGUAUCGUAGACCGUCGCGUUUCGAAGGCCAUGCUCGCAGAAACAGCCACAGAACUCGCCGUCAAUGCACGGACGUCUGCGCACGAAUCUUCCAGCACAUCGCUCGACCUAUCUAUAGCGGAGCUGAAUACCAUGAUUGAGGGGAAGUACGGCCUCUCAGAGCCGGACUUCAUGAUUGUGCACCCGCUCACGCCACCGAAGAGUAGGGCGGAGCCGUUAGAGCUACACGGAUUUCCCCCGUGGCAGAUACGCCUGACAGAAAUAUACUACGACCGCUAUCGUGUACGCAGGACGAUACGCGAUUGGGGGGAGGCUCGCUUCAUACCCUUAGAUGAGAACACUUUCCGGAGCGCCCUCGACCAGUUUGCGGGGGCUCAGAUGCGGUUUGGCAAGUAA